AUGGCGAAGAAGAAGCCCGCCAACAAGAAGAAUAAUAAGAAGGGCAAGGCCCAAGAUGUGCCAGAGAACCAGACACCUCAGACCCCCACUCCUGAACAACAACCACAGGAGCAGGAACAACAACCUCCAGUGCAAGAAGCUGCACCAGAGCCCACACCCGAAUCAGCGCCCGAGCCUGCACCUGAGCCUACACCAGAAGCAGCACCGGAAACUCCAACGGCAGAAUCCACACUCGAGCCUUCAUCAGAGGCUGUUCCGGAGACUGCCCCAGAAACUGCUCCAGAGACCACAGAAGAGCCAACGGCAGAGUCUACACUCGAGCCUGCAUCAGAACCUGUCCCAGAGCAAACAGCAGAGCCAACAGAAUCUACAUUUGAACCUGUACCGCAAACUGCGCUCGAGCCUACACCCGAGCCUGCCGCAGAAUCUAAUUUCGAUUCUGCAUUGGAAACCGCACCAGAGCCUACACCCGAGCUUGCUGUGGAACCCAACGCAGAGGCUACUGCAGAGGCUACUGCAGAGGCUACUGCAGAGGCUACUGCAGAGGCUACUGCAGAAUCUGCAUUCGAUCCUGCUGCUGAAACUGCUCCUGAAACCCUGCCAGACAAUUCAUUCGAGCCUGCGCCUGAAGCUGCGCCCGAAACAGAACAGCCACACGCUGCUGUCGAGCAGCCCCCGGCCCCCCUCGAAGCCGAGGAGACCCCUCAGUGGUCGGCCAGCAUCGAAGAGAGUGGCUCUGCAAGACCAGCUAGCCCAGACCCCAUCUCAAUCCAGGAACCAGCUGUGAACGAUGUUCCGAAUGAUUCUGAGAUACAUGAAGGACUACGCUCGGAGGAAUUAGGGCAAUCAGAACCGUUCAACGAGGCUGUUGAAGCUAGUGAUAACGUGCUGAAUGGACAACACGACACCGCAGAACACUCCGAACAGAUCUCAACCACCGAAGACCAGGCCCCUAUAUUUUCACCAGCUCCUGCUUCGGCCUCCUUACAAUCACCAUCUUGGACGGACGCUAAAAACAUAGCAAGUCCUCCCCGUUCGCGUGCCGGGUCAUUUGCCGAGUACGCCACUGAAACGUCAACUGCUUUCCCCCCUGAACAACACAGGGUCGCUUCUCCUGAGCCCCAGAUUGCAUCUCCACCACCCCGGGCUGCUUCUCCUGUUCGCCAGGCAGCUUCUCCUAUUUCAAAGCCUGCUUCUCCCUUGCCACGCACGAAGGCUGCGUCGCCUACCUGGAAACCUGCAUCACCUGUCCGUUCCAAACCUGCGUCGCCUGUGCUCAAGUCGUCUAUUCCGAAACCCACAGCAACUAAGGCUUCAUCGCCUGUCUUGAAGACUGCAUCACCAAGACAGAGGGCUGCCUCCCCCAGACAGAGACCUGCAUCUCCUGUUCAGAGGGCAGCGUCUCCUGUAGCAAAGCCUGCCUCGCCAGUGCCGAAGGUCAGCAGUCCACUUGCACGCGCUUACAAUUAUAUGCCCCCCAUGAUGUCUCCACAUGCCACCCCUCCGUCCAUGCAGCCGGUGAUGCAACCGAUGCCACCAAUGCACUAUGCUCAAUACUCACCUGUCAUGAGCUCUGCCGGGAUGGCCUCUCCGUACAUGAAUUAUCAACAACAACCUCCCCAAAAUCAUCACCAAGCCUCUCGCGGCUACAUCGACCCCGCUUUUGCCCCCUUCCAAGCCAUCAAAGAACUGUCAAUGGUCAAUGGGGGGCAUGGGCUCGAUCCGAAGGGAAUGAUGUCGCCUCCGGAGGGUGACGGUGAGCAUAUUCAGCUUCUCCAAAGGAUCUCGGAUGCUAUUCCGGACAUCAAUCGCCUGCUCCAUGGAUACAAGAGUACUCAGAGCAAAUUGUCCACCCGUGAAGCUGAAAUCAAGCAAAUUGAGGCUCAAAAUGAGCAGGCUUUGAUGCACAAGGACUUCUACAUUGAAGCGCUACAGAAUCAGAUGCGGAAGACGGCAAACGAAGCCGCAGAAGAAGGCGCAAAGUUGAAAAACACAAUCAACGAACUCCGAAUGGAGCUCGGAAAUCUGGAGGAAAAGCAGAGAGAUCUUGAAGAAACUCUGGCUGACUCAGAGAAGUGCAACAAGGAGCUCUCGCUGAACAAGAUCGACCUCGAGCGCCAGGUCACAAAGUUGACCAACAACAUGCAUGAAGCCCAGGAAUCCCACGAAAAGGAAAUCAAACAGAAGAAUGAAUCCCACGAGAAAGAAAUCAAACAGAAGAAUGAAUCCCAUGAGACGGAAAUCAAACAGAAGAAUGAAGCGCAUGCGGACGCUCUUGCAACACAGAAACGGGAGAUGACUGAAUCGUUCGAGGAGAUCAAGGCUGAAGACGAGAGGGCGGCAGCAGAAGCCUUGGCAACUCGCGAAGCACAGUUAUUGGACCAACAGGAAUCGAUGAAGAAUGAUUACGAAGACCAAAAACAGCAAAUGCAAGACUCUCACGACGCACUGCAAGCUACUCACGACACACUACAAACGAACUUUGACUCGACGGUGACGGAUUUGACAUCCACAAAAGAAAUACUCGGUACCACUAGGUCUGAACUCGAAACCAAGAUUGCAGAGCUGGAGUCCACCGCCGCUGAACUUGACUCGACACAAAAUGACCUAUCGACAACCCGCGACCAGCUGGCUGCCAAGGUUACAGAGUUGGAUGAGGCCCGUGAGCAACAUGCGCAAGAAGUCGAAGCUCUUAAGACCAGUCAUGCGGAGCAGGUCGCCGACCUAGAAGGGCAGAUUGCUCAAAAAUCCGAACAAAUAUCUACACUUGAACAGGAGAAGGCGAAGCUGGAGGAUGACGUUGCAUUCAAGGAACAGCAGGUUCAAACCGCAUCAUCAGGAAUGCGCACUACCAUUGAUAACUUGGACAAGGACUGUGAAAGGCUGAGGAAGACCUUGUCCAGCCUUGGCGAAGCAACUGACCUCAAGAGCACAAAGGGUGAUCCAUUCUUUUUGGACUGCUUCGAUCAGCUUUCCCGUCUUAUUGCCGCCCUGUCCAAGGAGCACUUUGCGUACCUUCCAAUUGAUCCACCAAAGGACAUUCUAUCCAAAAUACCUUCGGAACUUCCAUCGUUCCUUGAUAAUACCCCCGCAUCGUGCGAACUGCGGUCAGCGUAUGUGCAACAUGUUAUUUCGAAAACCCUAACGUAUCGUAUCUUCCAUCCCUUCUUGUUCACAUUGGGCCGGAGAUAUGACAAGGCAGACACUUUCUUCCAAAUGCUGUCGAUGGAUAUCCGACGCAAAUCCGUAAGACGUGAAGCCUUCUGGAGACAGCAGACGCUCAAGGCUGCCUACACCACAUCUGAUGCCAAGCAGUCAAUCAACGUUGUGGCUGGCGUGAUCGUCGACGAGAUCAUCGACCACAUUAAGCACUUUGCUGACCCCAAGCAACUGGACUCCCUGCUUACCGGGGUGAAGAAGAUUGUCAAGCUCGCGGCGGAGACAUGGCGACUGGCCCGUGUUGAACGUGAGCUUAUCAUGGCCUCGAUCCCCUCGCCGAACUCGGAGGGUGUUUCGAACGAAGCGUGGGAGGAGUAUGGAAUCGCCAAGGAGGGCAGUGUUAGCUCCAAGGAUGAGCCGACCCGCCAUGUCAUUCUCCGAACCUUCCCUCAAAUCACUCGCGAGGCGGCCCAUGAGGACUUUGCCGAAGAUGCAAGCAAGACCAGUCCCUGCACGUACUCGCAGGGAACCGUCCUGUACUCGGACUCUCCGGUGGUGAUGGCCCGACGUCAAGAAAUCGCCAGCUCCAGGGACGGAUCCUUGUCUCCUAAGCCACGCAGAGGAAGCAAGGAUAGCAUUUAA